UUCAUUCUCUAUAUAUAACACCACGUUACGUUCCUCCAAUUGCUCUCUCUUACUCUCACUCUCACUCUCCCUGCCCACCGUGCUCCUUUUACCAUAAUAACUCCCAUCACUCUCUGCCUCCCACCUCCUCUUCUUCUUCCCUGCAAAUCCAGGUGACCACUAAAAGCUAGAAGAAAAAGAAAAAAAGCUGCAACUGAUUGUAUUAGAAGAUGUCGAAUCCCAGCACCGCCAUGAACUUAGAACAACACCACCACCAUCAAGACCCCGAAGCCUACACCACCAACAAAAACGGCGCCGUCCAAUUCGAUUCCCGCAAGGCCCUCGACGACGACGGCCGCCCCAAGCGAACGGGGACAUGGGUGACUGGGAGCGCGCACAUCAUAACGGCGGUGAUAGGGUCCGGGGUGUUGUCCCUGGCUUGGGCCAUAGCGCAACUGGGCUGGGUGGCCGGACCGGUCGUCCUCAUGGCAUUCUCCUUCAUCACUUUCUUCACCUCCACCCUCCUCGCCGACGCCUACCGCUCCCCGGACCCCGUCACGGGCCACCGCAACUACACCUACAUGGACGCCGUCCGGGCCCACUUGGGCGGCCGCAAGGUCCAGCUCUGCGGCCUGGCCCAGUACGGCAACCUCGUCGGCAUCACCGUCGGCUACACCAUCACCGCCUCCAUCAGCAUCGUGGCGGUGAAGAGAUCGAAUUGCUUCCACAAGGAAGGGCACGGGGCGGACAAGUGCCACGUGUCGAACACGCCGUACAUGGCGAUCUUCGGGUGCAUCCAGUUGGUGCUUAGCCAGAUCCCAAACUUCCACAAGCUGUCGUGGCUCUCCAUUCUGGCGGCCGUCAUGUCUUUCGCCUACUCCAUUAUUGGGCUGGGCCUCUCCGUCGCCACGGUUGCAGGAGGCGACCGGAAGGGAGUCCGGACGACGUUGACGGGAGUUACAGUAGGGGUGGAGGUGACGGCGGCGCAGAAAGUGUGGAGAACGUUCCAAGCCAUUGGGGACAUUGCCUUUGCUUAUGCCUACUCCACCAUUCUCAUCGAAAUCCAGGCAAGUUCAUCAUCAACUUAUAUACUUCCUAGUUCCUACCUACUUCAUUGAUAAGCUUAAGUCUUUAACCUUACUCCAACGGGUACAGAAAGGGACACUGAAAUCACGGGUUCUGUAUAAUAUACGUGUGUUGUGUAUAAGCCUUUUUGUUUUUGUGUGAGCUGGCCUUUGUUGCUUUGAUAUAUUAUGAUUAAGCUCACAUGCAAGGUUAAAGAUGAGAGUGGUGGUCCUAAUAAAAUACCUAACCGAGUAAGAAUAUAAUUUCUUCAGUAUUGGAGUCUCCGUCGCCGGAUAGUGAUGGACUAAUCACCUAACCUAACAUUCAUCUAGAUAGCUAGCUAAGGCAUCCAAUAAUUUCCGACUUAAAAUUUGCUCCAACCUCUGCUCCAUAGUACUGUAGGAUAGGUAGGUCAAAAAAUGGAAAGCAAAGUACUAGCGAGUUGAAAAUGCUUCUGAAAAAAAAAAAAAUGAGAAUGAGAAAUAUUAAAUAUAUAUCAUGUGCUUAGAGAAGGAAAUAAAGUCGUACAUAUUAUGGCACAUGGGGAGACUAGAUGGAACGAAAGAUUUACCUACUUGUACGUGUUGAUUGAAAUUGUUGGUAUUUACAGAAUUAUGGAUGAUCAAUGCAAACGGUAAACAUAAGAAUUGGAAUGAAAUAAAAGAACCGAUUCGAGGGCUCAUAUAGAAAUGUGUGCCACCACAUCAACCUUAACAUUGGUCAUAUUUAAUUAUUCUCAUCGUCAUGAAUGGACAUGGCCAUUCUCUGACUCUGCUUGGCAUUCACCGGCCACUUAUUAUCUGUGUCCCUGCCUCUGCCUGCUGAAUUCCCGGCCCAAGAUCUGUGGGCAAUGUAGUUAAAGUCUAAUAUUCCUAAAUAGCUCAAAAGUUACAGUUAUUAGCUAGGUAGUUGAAAAUAACAGUGGAAAAAGGUAGUUAAAGUCAAAUAUUCCUAAUCACUUUCCAAAAAGCCUAGCUGUCAAAAUCUUUUCUGAAACCUUCCUUCACACUUACACUUACAGCCCUAGCUACGGAAGAAUGGUCUUGAAAUCCCUUUGUUUAGGUAGGAGGAGGAGCCAGGACCAGAAACAAAAUGAAGCCUUGGGACUUGUCAACUUGCACUUGUCAUCAAACAGAUGAUUUACUUCUUCUUCUAAUAAUAAGGUUUUCUGAUUAACCAUCCACAUAACGUCAAGUCUAGGGUGAGGGACCAAACCCAACCCAUUUUGUCACUUUCCUCCUUCGGCCACGCGUCUCUUUAUUAUAACAGAUCUUCAAUCAUCUUCAUGGUUGUAGUAGCGUAGUCCACUACUUGAUUGAUGAAUCACGUGAAGGAUAAUUGAUGGACCAUUUAUUUAUAUAAAGUAGGAGUCCUGCAUUUAGCCGCAUCUCUUGUAACUUACCUUUGGAAUUUGAUGGGCCACCAGCAGAUUCGCCAUGCACCGUCCACCAUAGCAAUUGGGCGGGCCCACCUUCUUUGUUUGGGCCUUCGAAUGCGAUGGAUUGGACUCGUCCUCUCCCUCCAACAGAAACUAGACAUGUUUUCGUCUCUUGAUCUUCUGAAAGGCUGAUAUAUGUUGUGCUCUCGAUUUGGUUUGCAGGACACCCUGAGAUCAAGCCCACCGGAGAACAAGGAAAUGAAAAGGGCAAGUCUUGCCGGGAUCACGACCACCACCGUUUUCUACGUCCUGUGCGGUUGUGUCGGCUACGCUGCAUUUGGCAACAAUGCCCCAGGCAAUUUCCUAACUGGGUUCGGGUUCUACGAGCCUUUUUGGUUGAUCGAUAUCGCCAACAUCUGCAUCGCAAUCCACCUCGUAGGCGCCUACCAGGUCUUCUGCCAGCCGAUAUUCAGCUUUGUGGAGAGCAACUGCCAGAAAAAAUGGCCCGAAAACAAGUUCAUCACCAGGGAGCACCCGAUCACCGUGCCAUUCAUCGGGGCCAUCUAUUUCAACUUGUUUAGGCUUGUCUGGAGGUCUGCAUACGUGGUGGUGACGGUUGUCCUCGCGAUGAUCUUCCCGUUCUUCAACGACUUUUUGGGGCUCAUUGGGGCAGCAUCGUUCUGGCCGUUGACCGUGUAUUUCCCCAUAGAGAUGUACAUUGCAAGAGCCAAGAUUCCCAAGUACUCCAUCACCUGGACGUGGCUGAAAAUAUUGAGCUGGACAUGCCUGGUAGUGUCCCUUGUCGCUGCAGUCGGAUCUGUGGAAGGCCUGAUCCAGUCUGUGAAAACAUACCAACCUUUCAAAAGUGGUGAAUAAGAAAGAAACUUACUAUAGUAUCUUUACACUCAUUCCUAAUAAUUCGUUCUUAGGACUGAGAGGAAAGAAUUUGGGCACUCUUUUUGUGUGCUAUAGUGCCUAGUAGUUUCCGGAACAUUAAAUCGUGUUGUAGCCUUCUUUCCUAUGUCAGAGCUUCUACUUAUAUAACGACGAACUUGAAGGUAAGUAAUUGACUAUCCUUAAAGAGCGGCAACAUAAAUAGGUGAAGCCCAUAUUGGAUGUUGUGUGAACCAGGAAAACAUCUAGUAGCAAACGUAAUACUCACUUCUUCUGUUGACGGAAACUGAACUGGAAUGCUCAAGCAGGCUCGUGUUCACUCAUCACAAAGGCUUGGAUAAGACAUUGUGCAGCAUUUG